AUGAACGGCUGCUACGAACUCCUGUUCAACCCUCUGAGAAGGUUUCCGGGGCCGAAAUUGGCUGCGGUCACCUACUUACUUUCCGCAUACCACACUGCGAAGGGUGACCAUGUGCUCUGGUUGCAGAGCCUGCACCGUACCUACGGUGACGCUGUCCGUUUCUCUCCAGAUGAGCUGAGCUUCACUUCGGCGCAGGCCUGGCGGGACAUUUAUGGUCAUGCUAGUGGCGGUAGAAGAAGCACCGAAAAGGACCGCCGCUUUUACGGACCGACCCCUAAUGGUGCGCCGGAUAUCAUCCGUGCCAAUGCGCACGAUCACUCGCGCUUCAGGCGGAAUUUCUCCCAUGCGUUUUCGGACAAAGCGCUCCGAGAGCAACAGCCCCUGAUCGCACAGUACGCGGAUAUGCUUGUCGACCAGCUGCAGGAGAGCGCCCGGGAAAGCCCGGAGGCCAAUGUUGAGAUGGUCCGCAUGUAUAAUCUGACCACCUUCGAUAUCAUGGGAGAUCUGACCUUUGGAGAUCCGUUGAACCUGCUCAAAGGCACAGGGUAUAUGGAGUGGGUGAACGGGAUUUUUGCCAGUGUGAAGGUGCUCUGCCUCCUGCGCGUGAGCCGUUACUACUCCUGGCUCACUGCGAUUAUGGCUCUUGUUGUCCCUCGCUCCCUGCGGGAAAAGGCCCGGGCGCACUACAAAGCCUGCAAAGCACGGGUUGAUUGGCGAGUCAAUCAAACCCUCGACAAGCCGGAUAUCUGGGGACUCGUGAUGGAGCAGAAGGAGUCCCUGCAGCUCAGUCGCGACGAGAUGUACUCCAACUCUCAACUCUUCAUGGUGGCUGGGACUGAGACGACCGCCACCGCGCUAAGCGGCCUCACAUAUCAGUUACUGAGGCACCCAGAGAAGAUGCGGAAGAUCACGCAGGAGAUUCGGGAGGCAUUCAAAGACGAAGAAAUCGAGAUGACUCGCCUCGCGCACCUGAAGUAUCUGAACGCAUGCAUCGAGGAGGGAUUGCGGGUUUAUCCACCCGUGCCUGUUGGCGCCGCUCGUCGGGUGCCAGAGGGAGGGAUGACGGUGUGUGGAGAAUUCAUCCCAGGAAACGCAAGUGACCCCAUCCAGCUCCUUAUUUCACUCUCCGUGCACCACUGGGCGACAUACCGUAGCUCGGAAAACUUCAGGCGACCGAACGAGUUCAUUCCGGAACGAUGGACUGAUGAUCCGGAAUUCGCCAACGACAAUAAGGCCGCCUUCCAACCAUUCUCCUAUGGACCACGCAACUGUUUGGGCAAGAAUUUGGCUUAUCACGAGAUGCGGAUUAUUUUGGCGAAGGUGCUGUACCAUUUCGACUUGUCAUUAGCGCCAGAGUCGGUGGAUUGGGAUAAGCAGAAGGUGUUCUCGCUGUGGGAGAAAAAGCCACUGAUGGUGAAGCUGCAUCCACGGGUCUAG